UCCACAGGAGAAGCUGUUUCAACCGGCUCCGGUUACGUGCGGUUCACUUUGGCUUUCAAUUGAUUUUGUUCUUUCGCGGUGUCAAGUACCUUUUCUCUCUCAAGAAAAUUUCAAAGAAAGUGUCUCAGUUUUUUCAAGUGUUUUUUCCUCGUCAAGAAAAGUUUCUCCAAGCAAGCAGUUUGAUUCCACACAGCAGACCUAAAGAAUCCCAAAGCAAAAAUGGCUUAUCGAAACAAUAACCGUCGCAACAACGGAGGUGGUGGCAAUUUCGGCAACAACUACGGUGCUGGCCGAAUCAAUCCUUGGGACACGGGUGUGGGCGGGGGCCGUGGCAAUAAUAAUGACGCCCUCACACUGGCCAACAGUCUGAUCAAUAAUUUACUCCGCAAUCAAAACUCCAACCAGGUGCCGCCGUCGCUCCUCGAUGGCGUCCAAUCGUCCCGAUUCGAUGAUAUGAAUGGAUUCAACUUCAUACGGAAUCGGUACGGCAAUAACCGUAAGAAUAACGGCCCCCAAAAAGGUGGCAUUCGUAAACCGGAUGCUUUCACCCGUUCCAAGAAUGUUCUGGCCAAAAAUUCCCAUAAUAAAAACAAAAACGAUAAAGACUCGAGCAAGAAAGAGAGCAGCAACAAGCAGGGAGCAAAUAAGAAAGGCAACUCAAGCAAUGCUGGAAACAACAAGCAGUCGAAGACGUCGCCCUACGCCGAUGUCUCGAACGAGUACCUGUACUGUCACAUGUGCGACAAGCACAUGUACGAUGCGACCUCUUUCGAGAAUCACAUCACCGGUCGUACCCAUCGGGUCAUGAAGGAAAGCAUCGAGGAGAGCUACCGUAUGCGGGCAACCUUGCUGCGGCAGGAAGCUCGCAUCGCCGAACAGCUGAAGACAAUCGAGAUCGACCGGCUGAAGCGUAUGGGUAAGGCCAAGAACUACUCCAAGAUGCGCGAGUACUGCCCGAUGUGCGAGUUGUUCUUCUACGGACACAUCAUCGCCCAUCGUCGGUCCGAGAAGCAUUUGGACCUGAAGAAGUUCUUGCACCCGAAGUGUGACGAAUGCGAACUGGAGUUCCACAACCGCACCGAGUACGAUGACCAUUUGCUGUCUGUGGUUCACAUGAAGAAUUGCAAGACUAAACCAAGCCGACUUGACAUCGAAAAGAAAGCAAAACAAUUGGUUAUCUCCACUGCUAAUGAUGAAUUGCUAGACAUUCGUGAAGAAACGGCCCCGAAAAACAAGAAGAAGGACAAAGAUGCUGCCUCUUCGGCAGCGAAAAAAACCGAACAAAGCAAAGCUUCGGCAACUGCGACCGAAUCUACGGAAAAUGGCGAGGCCGCCAAGGAUUCGGAAGCAGCUGCCGAGAAGCCCGCUACGGAGGAGGGAGCUGCGGACGCCAAGAUGGAGGAAGAUGUCCCGGAGGAUGAAGUUGUCAAGGAUGAAGAGAGCGAAGAUUGCAUUCUCGACUACAAGCCUGGUGAUGAAAUCGCUCCGGAAAUCGACAACAAGCUGCCACGGUACAAGAAGAACCGUGCGCUUGGUGUGAGCCUGAUCGGCAAGCUCGAAUGCCACGAGUGCCGUAUCUGCUUCAAGUACUUCGACAACGAAGCCACCGGGGAAAUCCAUGCCCGCACGCACUCCCAUUACCGUGCAUUCAUUCGCUUCCUGAACGAGAAGGCCCAGGAGGUGCGUAUCGCUCAGAAGCGUGCCGCCGUCGCACUGGAAGAGGCUGAAGCCGCCAAGAAGCAGAAGCUGGCUGCCGAGGAGAAGAAAUCGGAGAACGGCGAUGCUGACAAGAAGGAUUCAGAGCUCUACGACCCAUCGGAGGCUACUGGUGAAGAAUCGGCUGAUGCCAGCAUGGCCGACGACAGCAAGAGCGAAGAGGCUAACGGCGAAUCUCAGUCAGAGCCAAUGGAGACGGAGAACGCUGAGGCGAAUAAGGGCGACUCGUCCGCCGCUGCGGACGACAAAUCCACCGCCUCCUCUGGUGAUGCCAGCAAGGCCGACGAAGCCGCCAAGGAAGAUGGCAAACCGGAGAAGGAGGGUGACAAAACUCCCGCCAAGAGCCGACGUGGACGCGCUGGACGUUCCGGACGCUACGGUGGACGUUACUAAAACAUCCCAGAAAAAAAGUUUAAACUCAGAUUCAACACCAUUUUCAGCUUUUGAAAAAUGAUCUUAAAAGGAAAGUUUUUUGUGCAAAUCAAUAAAAGUUUUCAGAGAGAUGUUCUGGAAUCGAACGACAAGUUUUAAAUACUGCAAUUGAAGCCACACAAAACCACAAGACACUUUCAAAUAUUCUUCUACUUUUUAUCUAUCCAACACUACUAUUUCACGAUAAUGAUCGUAAAGACGCAAGGCAAAUACAGCAUGUGAAUUCUUACAAUGAUUUUAACAGUAAAUCUAUUUGUGUUGUUUUGUGUUUAGUCACAUUAUUAUCUUUUGUCGUGUAUGAUUCUAGAUUGGGUGAAGCACCCGUAAGGCGUACUACCUAAUGUCCGCAGUAGUUUCAACAUUAUUUUAUUACCAAGCUGUAACGCAAAGUAAGGAAGAAUGAUAUGCAUACAUUAAUAUAAACAUCCAAAAAGAACACGUUCGUAAAAAAAUCUGGAAAAAUAAUCACCAUAUUCAGAUUAAACAAUAUUUCUAAUAAAUGUGCACUCGAAAGCUUCUGUGUCGUCUAGGCUUUCUAUUACCAAGCGUGCACGCACAACAUAAAUGGCUCGUGCAAAAUUUUAAUGCAAAUGAUUCAACAUGUCCUCGAUACUCCAGAAAGACGAGUGCACAUUCUUACGUAUUUAUUAGUAUUUUAUGGAUAAUUGUGUAAACUGCCAAGCAGUUGAUCUAACAACUAGACGGCAAGAAACAUAUUUAACGAAACAAGAAGUAUAAUAUAUUCUCUGAAAUGUAAGCAAAGAAAAUCAUGUUUAUCAUAAAACACUAAAUUCUCGGUAUCGUUAAGUAAUCCAACUAAAACAAAAAUGAAAAAGAAAAAUGUAAUUGUAUUUCACCAAAAAAUGUAGUAGCAUUGUUGUGAGGAGAGUUGAAACCUCUGCAGUAAAAAAAAUUGCUUCUCUUUGUGUAGUUACAGCAAAAACCAAAAAACAAAAAACACAUAAAAUAUUGUGCAUCAAAUUUAAUGAGUUUUUCUCUGCAAUGUUCUAACAAGAGAGAAUUAAUUUGUAUCUUUGGAUAAUCCAGUUAAAAAGCAGACCGCUUAGCUAGACCGAUUUGAGACACUCUCGAUGCACUUAUGCGUAGCUUCAGUCGAAACCUAUCCUGGGUGCCACCCGAAUGUUAUAUGAUGGAAAGAAAAGAAGUCUUUUGGUCUGCUGUAGCUGAGUUAGCUGACACCACGCUGCAUGCCAAUGUUCGUAGCAUUCGAUUCGUUCACCUAAUGAAACUAAAUGAAGAAUUUUGUGGAAUGAAGAUGUUUGAGAUUCAGAGAAAAAUUAGUUAGUAGCAGCAUGCAUCUGUCAAUGCAUCCCGUAACAAAAAAACCUAAAUAUUGCGAGUUAAAAAAAUAUUCCAGUGUAAUAUUCAUAACAAACAGAACAAAUUAAACAAAUGAAAAUACACGCGUCAUCACCAAUAAAAUUGAAAGCAUCCAUGGAAAACAAACACAAGCAAACAAAACAGGUACCGAUGUAAUUGAGCAUUAUUGUAACACCGAGAUUGAUCUUCUAGUGAUUGACUAAAAUAAAACCAAGCAAAAAUCUGAGUUUAAAACCAAA